CUCUAUAAUUAUAAAGACUCUUCUCUUUCAAAGCUCCUCCUUAAUUCUCAGUCCAAACCACACCUUUCUCAACUUCUAUUCCACAUAUCUCUCUCUAUUAUUUUAACUCAGCCUAUGUAGAGAAAGAGAAGGAGAUCAUGGAGCUUGGUUUGAGCUUAGGAGACUCUUCAAGGCCUUUGCUUGGUUUCAUGGAAAAGCCUCGCGAAGCCUCCAACCAACUUGGUUUAGGCUUCAACACAACGUUAUCAAUUGGUCCAAUCAUUACUAGACAUAAAGAUCAUCAACAAGAUGAAGAUGAAGAAUACCAAGAAGAAGAAGAAGAAGAAACAAAGCCAAAGAACAACAACACUCACAGAAUACAAGGUCCUGAUGGCCUUUCUUCCAAUCCCAACAACAACAACAAUACAGUUCUGCAUCAACUUGAUCUUCUCCCUCAACUCGCUCUCCCAUGGCACCCUCCUUCUGAAAACGGAAGUUUAUCAUCUGAGUUGGGAGGCUCUUCUCGGGGCUUGGACGUGAACGCGCAGCCGCCGGCGGUGGAGGACGAGGCGGAGGAAGCGGCGGCGCUGUCGUCGUCUCCGAACAGCGCCGCCUCAUCAUUUCAAAUGGAUCUCUGCAUAUACAGCAGCAGAGGAGGGAGCUCCUAUAAGAGGGACUUUGAGGGUGAGGCUUAUGAUCAAAGGACCUCUUCAAGGGCCAGUGACGAUGACGACAAUAAUAAUGGUAGUGGUGGUAAUACUAGGAAGAAACUCAGACUCUCCAAAGAACAAUCUGCAUUCCUUGAAGAGAGUUUCAAGGAACACAACACUCUUAAUCCUAAACAAAAGCUUGCUCUUGCUAAACAACUCAAUCUUCAACCUCGUCAAGUAGAAGUCUGGUUCCAGAAUCGUCGAGCAAGGACUAAGUUGAAGCAAACAGAAGUGGAUUGUGAGUACUUGAAGAGAUGUUGUGAGACACUAACAGAAGAGAAUAGAAGACUUCACAAGGAGCUUCAGGAAUUGAGGGCUUUGAAGACUUCAAACCCCUUCUACAUGCAAUUACCAGCCACAACUUUGACCAUGUGCCCUUCUUGUGAGCGCGUGGCCACAAAUUCUACAUCCACUUCCUUAUCUAUUAGUGCCACCAUCAAUGCUACAAAUUCAGGAGCCAUGGCCAGUGUCAAAACAAGUAAUAACAAUAACAACAAUGACUCACCCUCCAAAGCCAUUGGAUUCCCCUUUGGAAAACCGAGGUUUCACCCAUUUGUUCACACUAGCCAACAACCCCAUCAACACCAAUCCACAGCAUCUUGAAAGAUAUGAAGUUCAUCAAGACUAGUGCUGUUGAAUUGAGGCUUGGAAAUUGAUUUUAUUUUUGUAUAUAGGGAAGGUUAAUUGAUUCUGAGAGGCUGAUAGAUUUUUUUUGUGGGGGUGUAGGGGGUCAUAUAAAAUUUGGAUAAUUGGGUUUUUCUUUUUUUUUUUUUUCUUGUUUGAAUCUCUCUGUGUAUUAUCCUUCUUUUUCUGGUUUUAUUCACGGUGAAAUCAGAAAAAAAGGCAGCAGAAAAUUUUAGACAGUGAAGAUCAUAGAUAUCAAAGAGAAAGGGAAAUGAUACUGGUUUUUUUGUACUAGAAAAAACUCUCACCCAUUUUUUUAUGUUUUCUUUAAAUACUAGUUAUUAAUACUA